AUGGGUGCUGGCUGCUGUAAACGACUAAAGCGUAGUGUCGUUCAUCCUGUUGAUAAUACGAGCAGUGACUUAAUAAACCACACGACGAAUGGAAAUUUGACUACUAUUCUAAGGAAGUUAAACGAACUGUCAAUAUCAGUUGAUGUUUUGGAUAACGAAUCACCAACUACCAUAAACUACGGCACGAAUUCUUCCGCCAUUUAUGAGCCAAAAGAAACUUCAGAAGAUGUUAUAGUAGUUUUGUUCUAUGAUGAUAGUGAAUAUUCAUCCAAUCUUCGACAAUUAGCAGAACAAUCGUUUAUUUCCCAUAUGAAAACGUUCGAUAAUAUCGAGCGUUUUUUUCUUUAUAUCAAAUGGAUCGUAAAUGAAAAAAUAUUACUCAUUAUUCCGCGUUAUUAUCUUCCCAGACUUGAAGUAAUUUAUCGUUUACGAACUAUUGAUUCCAUUAUUGUGUACCAGGGCGGUGAUGAUCAAAAUGAUCGUUUUUUAAAUGCAUAUCCUAAAAUUAAAAAAAUAUUUCUAAAAGAACAAGAUCAACAAUUGAUUACUGAAUGUAUUAAAGAACAAAUUAAAAUUAUACAUAAAAAUUUACUGGAAAUUAGUGUGUUUGAUUUAAAACAAAACUCAACUAGUCAAUUAACAACAGAAUCAGCAUCAUUUCUAUGGUACUUGACUGUGACAGGUGCAUUUAAAGAAAUGAAUGCGAUCAAAAAUAUUCCACGUGAAUAUGAUAAUAUGAUACAGAUAUGUAAAAGAAUUUAUUCGAGUAACCAGUUUGAACUGGAAAAUAUCGAAACGUUUCGUCAUUCAUACGCUUCGAGUACUGCUCUUGAUUGGUAUAAAAGUGAAGAGUGCACUGUAGCUCGAAUAUUAAAAAAAGCAUUGAGAAUCAAAGAUAUUUAUGUAUUGUAUUCAUUGAGACUUUUUCUUGUUGAUUUAAUCGACCACUUGAAAAGCAUCGAACAACAAGUGACAUCUGAUACGAUUGCGUAUUUUAGUUUAAAAAUGACUCCAAAAGAAAUUAGUCGUUUUCAUAACCAAUCCCAAACUAUUUUUUUAAUUUGCAUUAAUGGACUUCUAUCGACAACAUUAGAUCUUGAUUCGAUACUCGAUUGCCUGAAAAAUGAAACACAUGAUACAACUCAUUUAAAGUCUGUGAUAAUUGAAAUAAAAAUAAAUAAUGGUGACAGUGUUGCCUAUGUAAAUGGAAAUAACAAAAGAGAGAUCUGGUUCAAUCUAGGAACAGUUUUUCGAAUCGAAAACGUGACCACGGAUACUGAGUCAGAACUAACAACAAUUCAUUUAUCGGUGGCAACAAAAGACGGUUUUGAUUCUUUACUAAAUUAUAUACAAAAGACAAAACAAGAAUUUGAAGAUACAAGUAUGACCGUCAUUUUUGGUAGACUCUUAUUUAGUAUGGAACAGUAUCGUAAAGCUCAUGAGUAUUACCAUUUAUUGCUUCAUCAGUAUAAAAAUACUAUUAAUUUUAGUCUACAAGCUAAUAUACAUCGUAAUAUUGGCCAUAUAUAUUUAGAAAGGGAAAAUUUAAAAGCAGCUUUGAUCCACUAUAAUCAUGCAAUUGAUUUAUUUAAUAACUCGCCAGAUAGUAUUCCGCAACAUCUGGCAAAGACAUUAAUUGAUAUUUCAAAACUAUAUACCAUGUCUAAUGAAGAUGCAAAUGAUAUCGAUGUACCGGCUGAUCACAUUACUCAGUAUGCAGAGAAGGGUAUAAAAAUAUUACUUGAUAAUUCAUCCGCUAGUCGAAUAUUCGAAUAUUAUGGUAUUUUAAAUUGUGAUAAUUUAGAAAAUUCGCUCCAUUACUUUCAACUACAACUACAAAUAUAUGAAGAAACUAACGAACAGUCACAUAUAGCGAGCACUUUGGAACAGAUUGGCCUGAUUUAUUUUAAACAAAACGAAUAUAAACAAGCCGUUCGCUAUUUCGAGUGUGCAUUGCAGAUUUAUGACAUUAUAUUACCCUUCAACCAUCCAAAGCUUGUUUACAAUAUGCGAUUACUUGCUUUAACUGUAAAAAACAUUGAAGGCAACGAACGAAUUUAUUGGGCCUAUUUUAGGAAAGUACUUGAAAUGGAACAUAGUAUAUAUCCAGAAGACCAUAUUAAAGCUUAUUUCUCAUCUGAUGAUGCUAUUGCUUCGGUUAUAGUCGAUGAUAAUGAAACAUUUCAAGUGUGUAAUAACAGAAAAUUGGAAGAACAAUUUAAUUCAUGUAUUUGGUUUCGAGAUUUCGAUACGGUACAAUGUCUAGAUGUAGUCUCGUAUGAAUAUUUCAAAGCAUGUAAUUUUGACGACUGCGUUGAUAUAAUGAAAAUAGCUUUGGAAAUUGAGCAAGAAUUAGUUCCACUUCCGGAUAAAAGUGUAGCUGAUAAACUUAAACUCUGUGGAGUGGCAUAUCGUUCAAGAUUAUCAUCAUUAAAUUCAGAACAUGACUCAGAUACACGAGGUGACUGGUCUUAUUUAGAGAUGGAAAACGAGGAUGAUAUGAUUGUAUUUGAUGGACGAAAGCAAAUCGUUGUCUGGAUUGAUGAGAAUCUAAAUGUAACAGACAAACAAGAGUUUUUUGCUAAAAUUAAAGCAUUCGAAAUGACGAAUUUAAAUCUAUUUGACAAUAUUACAUUAGCUAUUGCAUUCAUGAUGAAUACACCUUUUAAGCAUUACCAAGUAGUCGUACAGGAGAAAUUAGCCGAUGAAUUUUUUGAAACUCAAAAAUAUGCACAACUUCAAAACAAAAAUUGUAAUACUUUAUGUGUGUUUGUUUUUGAAUGGAACAAAAAUGAAGAGAACAAAAUGGAAGUUGAGCGUGGAACUUAUGAUAAGUAUUUAUCAUAUCUACCAUGUAGUAAACAGUGUUGGCCAGAAAUGUUGACAGUAUCUGAGCGAUGCCUUUCUAUAUCAAAUAAUCGCACGCUUUUAUUUAAUUUCUGUACACGUCCAAGUUCAGAUGAUUAUUAUAUUCUUAUGCUGUUCAAUCAUACGAAAACCAAUGGUUGUUGGAUCGAAAACCUAACUUCGCAAGUUGUUACUCCAAAUCGUGCUUUUCUACCGUGUGGCUCACUGACACAGAAUAAUCUUGAUGGUGUCACAAACUUUGUGGAUAAUCAAAGCGUUAAAAAUUUCAAGAACUAUGUCGAAGGGUUUUUCCAAGCAUGGGAAGCACAAUUGCCUCCACCACCGAUACCAUCUGCUAUGGGUUUUCAAUUUUGUUCGCUUGAUACUGUACCGGAAAUAUUCGAUUAUCUACGAAUACCAAAUUUCAAUGAGAAACAUGAGAAAUUUGUCAUACAAAUUACAUCAAUAACACUCUCCUUGGCUAUAAAGGAAAGAGUCUUAUCGAGUUAA